UCGUUAGCAUUGCCAGCCGCUCAACACGUCAAAGACAACACACCACUAGCACAGCCAUCUCGCACACUCACAUUCCGGUCUCAAUUUACGCCCGCCACAGUCCGCCCGAGACACCCGUCCAUAGCGGCGAGUCUGCUGUGUGCACCCUGCGUGCUGGUGUAGGAUUCAUCCUUGGCCCAGCUUUUGUAGCAAAAGCGCUUUCGGCCUUCAGCAAGACUCCUUUCAUCUCCCAACGCCCUUUAAGUGGGAAGCACCACUUCACCCAUACACAUCGCUUCUCACCUUGAUUCGGCAUCACGAUGGCUCCGAGUUCCCGCGAGGGCCAGUCUUCUGGACGCGGGAGGUCUCAAGAUGGUCCUGUCGCCAUCAGCAGAGACGAGCUCUCACAGAGAGAACACGCAGAAGCUUUACCUGCGGCUGUGCUCGUGGAGGAAUUCUCAGCGGCAAACGCAGGCGGACGUAGCAGCAGGGAUGGAGAUCGAUUCGAACCAAUCAAGGCGGAUCGCGAUGUGGAAUCUGGAUCGCCAUCGCUCAAGAGCCCCACUCUAGACGACUCGCACGCAGCUUCGAUGAGCGAUUCCGAGCAGAACAAUUGGAAUCGGCAUCAGAGACACCAGCAAGCAGGCGUGUCAAAAAUGGAAGCGCUCUACAGAGUAUUUGGCGGAAACAGGACGCUCGUAUGGAGCUUGUACGUGGCCGUCGCUGCCAUUGUCAUGUGCUUCUGCUUCGACGGCAGCACCACCAGCCAGUACCAGAUCUACGGCGCUUCUUCUUUUGGCGAGCAUGCCUUCCUGUUGAGUUUCAUCGAUACCGCAGAGUCAAUCAUUAUUGCCGUCUCCAAGCCUUUCAUCGCCAAGGUCUGCGACGUGUCUUCGCGACAAACGGCAUAUAUGAUGAUUUUGGUCUUCUACGUCGUUGGAUACGCCAUCGUCGCAGCUUCGCCAAGUGUAGGCGCUUUCGCAGCCGGAAGAAUCAUCAGCGCAACCGGUCAAGCAGGCUUGGAUCUCGUUACAGACAUCAUCGUAGCCGACAUCAGCCCACUGCAAUGGCGUGCUCUUGUCACUGCUGCUACUUCUUCCCCCUACCUGUUCCUCUCCUGGAUCGGGCCCAACGUCUCUGGCCCCUUGAUCGCUCACGACCCACCUCUUUGGCGAUGGGGAUUCGGCAUGUUCUGCAUCAUUGCGCCUGUAUGCGUCAUGCCUGCCGUCAUCAUCAUGUACAUCGCAGAGCGAAAGGCCAAGAAGAAUGGCCAGCUGGCUUUUGGUGCCAGUCUAUACGAGCGCCGCUUGAUCGCAGCAGAUGGAAGUCUGGUCAACAAGGAGAGCAAACUAUCCGUGCUACGUCGGUUCGCCGUCGAGAUGGACCUGAUUGGUCUCUUCCUCUUGACACUUUCAUGGUGUCUCAUCUUCUUGCCUUUCAGUCUCGCUUCGAGGGCAAAGGGAAAGUGGGCCAAUCCCUCCAUCAUCGCCAUGCUGGUUUGCGGCUUUGUAAUUCUGGGCAUGUUUGCAGCGUGGGAGAUUUGGGGCGCAAGCCAGCCCAUCAUGAACAGGCGCAUCCUCAAGAAUCGCACAUUCCAAUUGGCAGUCACCAUUGACAUCUUCUACUUCUUGACCGGAACACUGCGCUCGACUUACUACAGCUCAUACGUAUACGUCGUCAAGCAGUGGACGGAGAUCAAUUGGGGAUACUAUAUCAACAUCGGCACGUUUGGUCUAACCCUGUUCGGCCUUUGUGCAGGAGUUCUGCUGCGCAUUACUCAUCGGUACAAAUACCUCCAGGUAUUCGGUCUGACCAUUCGACUGGUUGGCAACGGCGUUGCGUUGUGGGCACGGGGAGCCAACGCCAACAAUGCCGCCCUCAUCUGGGUACAGAUCCUCAUCGCCCUCGGCGGGUCUUGCUCCGUCGUCGGUACACGAGUGGCCUCUCAAGCGUCCGUCCCUCAUCAGGACCUUGCUUCAGUCAUCGCGCUGCUGAGCCUCUGGAGCAAACUCGGUAGCAGUGUUGGCAGCGCCAUUGCAGGAGCUGUCUGGGCCGGCACCAUGAGAGACUACAUGCGCGAGGAAGGCGUACCACCGAAUCUUAUCAACUCUCUGUACGGAAGCGUCAAGAACGCGCGCAAAAAUUACCCACUGGAAGAUCCGAUUCGACAAUCCGUCAUCCGCGCGUACAACCGCACGGUGUAUCCUCUCUUCCUCGCCGCUACCAUCGUGUCGGUCGUGCCGCUGCUCGCAGGUCUGUUCAUGCCAAACUACUACCUCGGCAAAUCGCACAACAAGAUCGAGAACACCGAUGUGGGCGGAAGACGUGUCGCCGGCGAGGGUCCAGGUAAUGAUCCUACCACCGCACCAGGCGAAGCUCCGAGCGUUGUGGCUGAGCCCGAGAGGCCCAAGAGCAGGAUUCGCCGCGUGUUUGAACUCGCUUUCAAACAGUGAAGACGUGAUGCGCGGCGCUCCUCAUCCAACUUCAUCGCUUCUUUCUUGCCUCGCGCUGGUUGGUUCAAAUGCAACGACAACGAGGUGCGCCUGCACCAAAUAAAAACGUCUACAUCACAGAUAUGAGGACCUCGCAGGAGCAUGUACAUCACGACGAGACAUGAGCGCGUAACCUGU